GUUUUGGUUUCCCGUGUCCUUCAUUUAUUUUCGGGGGUCGUGUCGUCCGUGCUCUGCGCUUGAUGCGAGACUGUGGCAACAAAUAGACGGAAUGUGGCCGAUCUUUAAGAAGGACGUGCUACUUGUUAGCACUCUGUAGCAAGAUCCUAAACAAAAGAGCCCUGCACCACUUGCACGCAAAAGUAAACGUAUCACCCUUGCAUGUGCAGGCAGCAUGAGAAGUCGCAGGAAUUCUGGAGUGCGCCUUGAUUACUAUCAGCGACUGGUGUGCCGUACAAUUCUUGACUAUCAGGAUCCUGUCACAGGUCUUAUUCCAAGUCACAAGCAAGAUGAUCAUGCCUGGGUCAGGGACAAUGUCUACUCCAUUCUUUCUGUGUGGGCCUUGUCAAUGGCUUACAGAAAAAACGCUGAUUUGGAUGAAGACCGGGCAAAAACAUAUGAACUGGAACAGGCCUGCAUUAAAAUGAUGCGAGGCCUGCUUUUAGCCAUGAUGAGACAGAAAGACAAGGUGGAGAAGUUUAAGCAGACUCAAAAUCCGGCUGACUCCCUUCAUGCAAAGUACAGCUCACAGACGACUGCCACAGUAGUCGGUGACCGUGAGUGGGGACACCUUCAGUUGGAUGCCACCUCCCUCUACUUGCUUAUCCUGGCUCAAAUGACAGCCUCUGGUCUUCAAAUAGUAUUCAACUUAGAUGAAGUCAAUUUUAUACAAAACCUGGUCUUUUACAUAGAGGCUACAUACUGCAUCCCGGACUAUGGUAUUUGGGAACGUGGUGACAAAACAAACCACGGGUUACCAGAACUGAACUCAAGCUCUAUCGGAAUGGCCAAAGCAGCUCUUCAAGCAUUGGAUGACCUAGAUCUGUUUGGGGGCAAAGGGGGCCCCUUUUCCGUGAUUCAUGUCCUGGCUGAUGAAGCUCAGAAGUGCAAUGCUGUGCUGCAGUCAAUGCUUCCACGAGAGUCCAACUCCAAAGAAGUGGACGCAGCUCUUCUCUCAGUUAUUGGCUAUCCAGCAUUUGCUGUGGAAGACCCAGAGCUUAUAGCUCAGACACGAAAAAGCAUUCUGCAAAAGCUGAAGGGCAAAUAUGGUUGUAAAAGGUUUUUACGGGAUGGCUACAAGACUGCGAAGGAGGACCCAAGCAGGCUGUAUUAUGAAUCUUGGGAGCUACAACACUUCGAAAACAUUGAAUGCGAGUGGCCACUCUUUCUCUGCUAUUUGGUGAUUGACGCUUGCUUCCGUGGGGAGCGCCUGGAGGUGGAGGAAUACUGUGAUGCUUUGGAGCAGGUGCUCCUUCUAACUGAUGAUGGGCUUAAACUGGUCCCAGAAAUGUAUGCUGUAUCAGCUGACAAGGUUGAAGCAGAAUACAAGAAUCCACACAGUCAGCCAAGAGUUCACGUUGGCAUGACUCCUUUCAUGUGGGCGCAGUCAUUAUUCAUCAUUGGCCGACUUCUACAAGAGGGUUUUAUUGUUCCUGGGGAGCUGGACCCCCUGAAUCGUAGGCUGGCCUCGGAGAAAAGACCUGACGUGGUGGUGCAAGUGGUGGUGCUUGCAGAAGACCACAUAAUACAAGAAAAGUUGAUGCACCAUGAGAUUUUUGUGCAGACUAUACAAGAUGUUCCUGACUUUGAAGUGCUACCAGCAAGGGUUCUAGGACAUAUUUAUACAUAUCUAGGAAGAAGCUCUAAACUGGGCUUGAGUGGACGACAGUCACGAGAUGUGGGCAUUCUUAGCACAAGCAAAAUGUACUUGUUCAAGGAUUCUCUCUUGGUAUUCACUCCUCAGUUCGCAGACCAACAUCGAUUUUAUCUUGCCUCUGACACUGACCUUCUCAUUGAUACUUUCAAGACCGAGGUGGCCUAUCUGAAGUCAGCGUGGAGAAUGCUUGGAAGGCCAACAGUCAUCCUACCUGUUUCACAGGACCUCCUGCAUAAUGGAAAAAUACCUGGGGAGGUUAUAGCCACAAUAAAGAAGCUAAAAAGUGGUUAUACUACUGGUACUCGCAUUCUUUUAGGUACUCUUGAGGAAUUUGUGAGCACUUCCUGUAUUGCAAGCCUCAGCUUUGUUGGAAAUCAAGAGGAAGGACAUCCAGAAUGUAUUCCAGCUGAACUCAGGGAAUACCUGAACAAAGAGUUCAGCAGAAAGGAUGUAAGAAGAGACUCCAUCUUCCUCAGGAGGCAGUCUAUUAUUGGCCCUCCAAAGAGUCCAUCAGCUUUUGGCAGCCGUGGGAAGUUGGGUGUAAAGGGCCUUGUAAAGAGAUCAAGGUCCAUUCAUGUGGAAAACUUCUUCUCAUGUGACCAGCCAAGCAGCACAAAAUCAGAGGAGUUGCUGCCGACUUUGUCAGAGGACUCGUAUGGUGGUGUUGGUGAUACGGGCUCGCCAGCCUAUGACACAGAUGAGGAAGAGCUGUGCGAGAUGGUGGACCAGCCCAGCAAUGCCACCACCCUGGGUCUGUCCCAGCUUCAACUAGACAAGGUUUCCGAGAAGGAAUUGCUUGACUUGCUUGAGGAGAGUGAUUCUCUUGAAGAGCAUGGAGACAUACUGCACUGCCUAGUGCUGAACAAGUACACUGAAGGAUUGUGGGAAUUUGAAGAAGCCACAGGAAAGCAUGAGCGAUCUUCAAAGCAAUAUUGUACAUACCCAGCUGCAUGCAAGGGUCUAAAAUGGGACACCGAGCUGGGUGAUGGCAAUCGUGUAAUCACAGUAAGACAUCUUCUGAAGGAGCUGUAUGAAAAGGCUUACAAAGAACACAAGUGGGGUCUUGUGAGACAUGUUGCUGGCCUUCUGGGAAAGAAGGUUGAAGACCUUGCAAAGGCCGUGACAGAUCUGCUUGUACGGCAGAAGCAAGUUACCAUAGGCAUGCCACCGAUGAAUGAAUACACCAUCACAAGGCCACAGCCAGCGAAACAGCUUCGUAUUAUCAUUUACAAAGCCCAUGGCGCUGAUAAAAGUGCGGCUAUGUUGACCCAAGAACUGCUUGUGUAUUUGUCUAUGUUCAUUCGAACAGAGCCAGAGCUCUUUCAGGAGAUGUUGAGGCUUCGUGUGGGACUCAUCAUCCAGGUCAUGGUUUCUGAGCUUGGACGUUCACUCCAGUGUUCUGCUGAUGAAGCAUCCGAAUACCUCCUCAACAUGCGACCAUUUGAAAUGAAAAUGCUUUUGCGGCAAAUUCUCAGUGGCAAAGAGUUUGUCAUAUUAAACAGCAGCGAAGGUGUUUUUUCAGUCCAAAGCAGCAAAAUAAAUAAGCAGGCCCUGCAGCAUACGAUGAGAGACAGUAUUGUCACAAGUACAAAGAAGCAGGAUGAAACUUUUGAUCGCCAAGGUCAGUGGAUCCGCAGACGAAGACUGGAUGGUGCACUUAAUAGAGUGCCAAUGGGCUUUUACCCAAGAGCCUGGAAGUUGCUUGAGAGGUGUGUAGGCCUCUCUAUAGAAGGUAAAGUACUCUCUCAGCACCUGACAAAGGAGAUGACUCAAGGUGAGCUUAAGUUUGCCCUGGAGUUUGAGCAUGUGCUGAACUGCAUCCCACAGCCAGAGUAUCGUCAGCUGAUGGUCGAAGCCAUCAUGGUGCUUACCCUUCUGGCUGAGCAUAAUGUUGUCACAUUUAUCAACAAAGUGAUAAGUGUGGAUGGCCUGGUGCAGCAUGCCUAUAAGGUGUUCUUGGAGGAUCAGAAACUUUGCAAUGGUGAUGCCACCUUAUGUUGUGCCACGGACGGUGUCCCUAAAAGCCACUGCAACAGAGUGGCCAAUCUUUGCCAGCACUUCUAUGACUCUGCACCUAGUGGUUGUUAUGGUACCAUGACGUACCUCAUAAAGGCUGUGGCAAUGACAGUCGAUGACCUACCAAACACAAAUCUUGACUGCACAAUUAGUUAAACUUGCUGCAGUGAGACAAUGUGUGAGCCAGUCUGUGUGGAUCCUUAUGAUCAUUGCCUGUUAUAUGAGUAAUUUCACGUUGCAUGUAAAUAUAUAUAAAAAAAAUUAACUGUGCAUAUAAGGGGUUCUAUCAAAGAAACUAAAGGAAUGAAAAUUUUUGGCAGAAAUGUAUUCUUUUAUGUUGCAUUGUUUAAUUGAAAAGCCUGUUCCAAAUGAUUUCAGCAUGUUGAUCGGAAUUUUAGCUCUUCACUAAGCAAAACACACAGACAAUUUUUGUUGUCUUGCUAGAACUAAGGAGGUCACUCUGAAAUGCAUAAUUGAAAGCAUAGUAAAGAUAUAAUUUGAUAAAAAUUUCAGUAGUGAAGCCACUGUACUUAUGCAGUAUGUUUUUCAUUUGAGCUAACAUGUUGGCAAGUUGCCUUGCAGUGUACAGAUUAACUUAAAUAAUGUCAUUUACGUAAGAAAUUGUCAGUACUCUAUGCAUGUAUUUCAGUCAGUGUUCUGCAUAAAAUUUACUACUCCUUGUUAUGUGUGGUGUUCCUAGUGUACAUAUUCUGUCCUAAAUUUGUCAGGUGUGUUCAAGGCAUUGAUUAGCAUUGUUCAGCUGUUUCAGAAACAGUAAUGUCUCCUUUAUGAUUUAUUCUGAAAUUGAAUAUAGUUCUAGGUGUAUUGCAGUGAAUCCUCACCCCCACUUAUACGCCCCGCAGCACAAGCACGGGCGCCUAAUGAUGUGCUAGAGCAUUGUACAGUAUUUCAGAACAUUCUAAUGAAGUGCCCUCACAUAGAUUUUUCCUAAUAGUAGUUGUUUUAUGCCUCAGUCAACAUAUUCAGCAUGAUGGUCUGGUCAGUAGAUACAUCAAAAUUAGUACUGGACAGCCUAGAUUCAUUAGUGUUUAACAAUGUGACUAGAUUUUGUUUCCAUUAUAAAGAAGGCAUUUUAUGUUUUACCCCUAUCUCUAUAUGUUCCAGUAAAUGCGAAAAAAGAUGGCAGUUGUAAAGAAUAGUAUAGAUAGGCUGCAUGAAUUCAUUUUUUAAAAGCAAGGUUCAAUUCUUUGAAGACACCAGGGAGGGUGCUGCAUGCACUGUCGGCACCAAAGUUCAUGUGGUGCAGCUUUACUGAGAAAGUGAUAUUCUUGUGCAGAAUUGGAUGUGCAGCUUCCAAAAAAGUGAACACAGUUCUGACAGCACACAGUACUGCAAAUAUGAAGUCUCUAUUGCAGGCUGCAUGCCUAAGAUUUAUGAAAAUAUAACUUUUUAGCAAAUCUUGCACCCUGCUAAGUUUUGGCACCAAUAGUAUUUCUGUUCUCAGUGUGCACAACAAGAUGCAUACGUUUGUGUAAUAAGACCUCUAGGGCUGUUUGAUGUGCAUUGUGAACUUCGCCCCCAAGUAUAACUAGGGAACUUUUCUAGUCUGCCUCAUAUUUUCAAGUCCAUAAGCUGCAUUCGUGUGCAUGUGUUUUGUGCACAGGAUUUCCCACAUAAGUUGAACCAACCCACACAUGCAACACAAACACACACUCAAAAAAAAAAGAAAAAAAAAGAAGGCACACACCAUGCAGGUGAAAUCGGUGCAUAUACAUAGUUGCAGCGACUGGCAAGCGAACAGCAGGCUGAGAUAGCAGGCAACACAAUUGAUUAACUGGGCAACACUCUCCAGUAACUCUAGGAAGCCUUAGGACCAGCCUGAUUGGAAGCUGUCCUAAGAGCAAACGAUGCAAAAAAUAACUCUAGAAUGGCAUCUGCCUUUCGACUUAAGCAGUGUGAUGAAGGAAACUGCGUGAGCAGUGCAUUGUCCUCAGAAGAAGCUUGCUUUCACAACUAAGUGCGUCUCCCGAUUAUUUUGUCAACUUUUAGAUGGCCAGAUGCCUUGCACUGACAUAAAGUGAAAGACAUGGCUAAAGAAGUGCUUGCUGCAUCUGCUUUGCUGCAGGAGUCCUGCACAUGUUCAAAUUGAGGCAGGAGUAGGAGAGGUACAGUUAGGUGCCUGAGGGUCCCUCCUCAGGCAUGUUAGAUGGGGAUGGCAAAAGCCCAGCAGGUUGGCAGCUGUGGCAAGAUUGCAGCGACAUAGGCUCCAUCACUACGAGGGUUACCCUGUACCUCCACCAAAUUGUUAUGAAAGCAGGAGAUGUUUACUCAGACCUUAAAGGCAAGCGCAAACAACAAAGGGCCACCACACAGUCGCCGUUCCUCUGCCCUUCUCAUCAAUGCGAAUCUGUUUCAUGCAUGGAUAUAACAAUAUCAUGAACUAUCUCCAGUGACCUUAACUCGCAGAAUCAAACUAAAGAGUCGUGGUCAACAUGAAUACAGCGCCUUUCAACAUAACUGAUGCCCUCUUGCAUUAGUGGGGUCACUGGGCCAAGCCAUGAGUUCUAGUAGGUAGAAUAUAAAAAAUUAUUAUUCGCACGAAGUGACUCGGAAAUUGAUCAUGUUGGUUUUAACCAUGUGGGUUUCAAUGUUUUUUUUAAUAGGUUUGGUGAAUUUAUGUGGGGCACCCUGUACACAUACUUGACAAUUUUAGCUGUCGGUACUGGUAUGUCUUACUUGUGGCAAGGAGAAUAAAUGUCACUGGUGUUCCAUAGAUUUAUUGUUACAGCAGCGCUAGUAGGUGCAUUGGAAGUCUCAAGUCUGUGAACGGAUCGAACAAGCAUGUGCUUUUUAUUUGGCUGUUGUUUUGAGAUUGCAUAGUUGAGAAAUUGUGAUCGGCCAAAGCAAAAAGUGCAGUAUUAUUAAUACUGUAAGAAACUACACUGUUGGUGCAUAACUGUAGAGACAGCAUUUAAAAGGCACUUUGAUACAACAAAGAAACAGCUUUUUCUGUUAUACGCAUGUUAACUUUCUCGCAUCAGAAUGUUUUUGCCAUUGUCAACAGCACUGCAACAUGCAGCUUUGUCUUUAUAUUUUUACUUGGUCAUUCCAGGAUUGCAAUGAAUGCACUAGUUAUUUUGAGACUGACAUGUAGGCAAGACAGGAUGAUGUGAAUAAAGGCCAGAUUCAAAAUUCUUAAAA